AGCCGGGAAAAGUCCUUCCGAGAGGCAGCUGCUGGGGGCGUCCCCAGGAUCUAAAGAUAGCGGCCCCUGCCUCGGACUCCAAACGCCACCGGGCAGCGGGAGCCGCCAUGGCACGGCAACAUGCUCGGACCCUGUGGUACGACAGACCCAAGUAUGUAUUCAUGGAGUUUUGUGUUGAGGACAGCACCGAUGUCCACGUGCUCAUCGAAGACCACCGCAUUGUGUUCAACUGCAGGAAUGCCGAUGGAGUGGAGUUUUACAACGAGAUUGAGUUCUAUGCCAAGGUGAAUUGCAAGGACUCCCAGGAUAAGCGCUCUGGCCGCUCCAUUACUUGCUUUGUGAGGAAAUGGAAGGAGAAGGUGGCCUGGCCCCGGCUCACCAAGGAGGAUAUCAAGCCAGUGUGGUUGUCUGUGGACUUUGAUAACUGGAGAGACUGGGAAGGGGAGGAAGAAGUGGAGCUGGCUCAGGUGGAACAUUACGCAGAGCUUUUGCAGAAGGUCAGCACCAAGAGACCUCCCCCUGCAAUGGACGACCUGGAUGAUGAUUCUAACAGUGCCGACGCAACAAGUAAUUAACUUUCUGUGACAGCAGAGCUGGGAAGGAGGCUGUGGCUUAUCUUCCAGUCACUCUAACAAGCCAGGGCCUUGGCUGUGUACCAGGGUCCUCUGGGCCAUCCAGACUUUCCUAGAAGCUAUUAAGGGUCCUCCUUCAUGCUUUAUUUCUUUUUCCUAGGCAGUUGACCAUGGCUGCUGUAUCAGAUGGCAGGAUAGGAGAGGCGUAGAAGGGUGGGGCUUCUGACUUCUACCAAUUGGCUGUGAUCUUUGGGUUUGGGCCACUCAUCAGGGCUUAGAAGCAGUGUAUAGACUAUAAUAAAUCUUUAGGAACUGUUCACUGUCUCUUUCCUUCUUGUACUACUUCCUCCUGGAGGCAAGCCUCUUCCCCGUCUAUGGUUCCUCUGUAGUGGAAAGGUUGAUGUCAGAGAUCCUGGCCCUUACUGUCGAGAUUGGAAGAAGAAAGAUGUUGGGAGCAGACUUGUAACCAAGCUGGGGAAAUUUCCCAUGCCCAAUCUUCAGAGCAGAAGCCAGCCUUUCACUGUAUGGCUAAUACUGCCACCUCUAGAACCAGCCAGAAACACAUCUCAGCUUCGUGCAUACUCCAGAAAUAUCUUUACACUUUUUUUUUCUUCUUUUUUUGCACUUAAAAAGCAGGUAGGCCAUUUUUUGGCAUUAGGAGAGCAUUUCUUUAAAUAUCUUUAUACUUUUAAAACUAAUUGUUACAUUAGUUAAUGCCUAUGUGUGUUUACUCCUCCAUUCAUCAGCUACCUCAUUCAUACACAAACAUUUUUUGAGUGCCCAAUGUGUACUUAAACUGUGACUUAAACAAAAUGCAAUACUCAGGCUUUGCCCUUGAACUCAUGGUAAAGUAGAGAUUUGUUAAAAAAAAAUUAAACUCUGAAUUUUAUAUCAGUAAUAUAUGGACAUACUUUAAAAAAUUAAAUAGUAUAGAAGGGUUAAAAUUUAAAGUAGAAUUUGAACUCCCUCAGUAGCUGUAAUGACUGUUAACAGUUUUUUCAAUAAAUUUAUAUAUUUAUGUCUAUAUCUUUACAUUAUACCUGUUAU